CGUCGACCGGGGGGGAGGCCCAAAUUCGGUGGACGUCAUCUCAGGCCACGGGCAGACUUUGAGAGAGAGAGAGAGCUUUACCGGGGGACCCAAAGUCGAGAGUCGGGAUUCACGAGACCUAUCACCGGAUGCGCACGAUCUCACUCACACAUAUAAACUAGACUCAUCACAUAAUGGCAGACUCCCCAGACAACAUCCCGGGACCAAAGAAGGAGGGGCAAAAGCUAUACCUCUGGUCCCGUUCAAACCAAGGUCCAGUCGGAGAGGGAGCUCCGGGUACUACUACGCCUACAUCGACGACGGCAUCACCAACAUCACCGGAGCAAUCGGCGGCCGACCCUAAGCUCAACCCAACCGAGUUCCAGAAAAACUUCCCGACGCAAGAUGGCGCCAAUGGCCCCGGGUACCCGUCGAUAGGCGAGGCCGUCAAGUCCAUCAAGUCGGACGACUUCCUCUCCGUCACGCAGACGCCGUGCGCACGGGACGGGUUCCUGACGGGCAUUGCCAGCGGUGCUGGUGUGGGAGGAUUCAGAUAUGUCUUUGGAGGCUCACCCAUCAAGGCGGCAAACUGGGCCGUAGGCAGCUUCCUCGUCGGUUGCAUCGGCUCCUACGAGUACUGCCAGAUGAAGCGGCGACAGGAGCGCGUCAAGAUGAAGAGGACCGUCGAGGUCUACCAGGAGACCAUGGUCGACAAGCGCCGCCGCGAAAUUGAGCAGCUCAAGCAGCAGGCAGAGCAGAGGAAGGCAGACGAGGAGGCAAAGGCCGCCAGCCAAAAGUCUUGGUACAAGUUUUGGUAAAGAACUUUUGAGGGGGGGGAAGACUUUGGUCUCUCAAAGAAGAGCGCCCAUGAGGCGAAUCUUUUCUUCCUCUUUGUAUGAAUAAUUUCACACAAAGUCCAAAAGAAGCAUCUGCGAGUGGCUUCAUAAACGCCCCCA